CGGGAAACAGUGUACGGCAUGGGCCUCGAUCUGGGCACCUUGAUUGCGGUCAUGGGCACUGUGUAUUCUAGGAACCCACUCUCUCUUGAUCCAGGAUUUUCAAUUGGCGGAAAGUCUAGCAAAGUUAGUAAUAUUCUCGCAACUUGCUUGGAAUAUGCAGGAAAACCUCGCGGCCUAUCCGCCGCUCACAACCUUAUCGAAGCCGACGCCCCUAACACGCGAGAUGAUGUCUAUCUUACUAGAGAUGCAUCUACUAUGAACAUGACCAAGUUUCUGGAAAUCUAUGAUUCAAUGGGAGACGGCGUCCUUACUUUCGACGACGUUGGUGCCGUAUUGCCAAGCAAUUUGAGGAAAGCAAGGCAUCGAAUCCUCAUUUCUAUAGUGGGCCCUUACACCGGCAUGAUCGGACGAAAUGCCGGAUACGCCUUUGCUAUUCGUCUUCUGAACAACCACUCCGUUGAGAAUCCUCUGGGCCAAAUGACCAAGAAUGUGCUCAAGUCGUUCUGGGCCGUCUACGAUGACGACAAGCCGCCUUCCGGCCUAGUGUACGGGAAAGGCCACGAGCAGAUCCCCUCCAACUGGUACCGAAUCCCCGUGGACUAUACCCUCGUCCGACUCAACGUCGACCUCUUCCAGUGGUAUCUAAAAUAUCCCGCCACGCUGUCCAUCGGAGGUAACACGGGCAAGGUGAACUCCUUCGUCGGGCUGAAUUUCGACGACAUCACGGGCGGCGUGCUCAACAGCGCCUCCCUUCUCGAAGGGAACAGCCUCAUGUGCUUCGUUCUGGAAGUUGUCAAGACAUUUGCGCCAAACAGCCUCGCCACUCUCUUCAAGACUCUGGCGACGCCGCUGGAGCUCGUCACAGACUAUUGCUGCGCCGAUUCUAAGCCUUGCGUGCCCUGAGUUCGCGGACCUCCAGACGGGUGGAACCAACCUCUGGACGAAACUCAUGUCCUUCCCGAGGGCUGCGAAGGCUGGGAGUGCUCUAUGAUAGCAGAUUGUGUUUGAUUAAGCCGGUAUGGUGCGCAUGCCAGCAAAUUUAGACAUGCUCGCCGCCUAUAAUGCAGAGUUAUUUAGUUCGAGC